AUGUCAUUCCUCAAUUCGCUACGAGAACCGUUUGUACGUACGCACACGCCCAACACAAACCCCAAAGCGCCGGACUGUCAAAAAUGCUAUCGGGAUGUGCGGCAGCAAGAUGCACCCGUCGUUGAUGUCGAUGGCAAAUUUUGGCACUCCAAAUGCUUUGUCUGCAAAAUCUGCCACGAGAACGUUCGCCAGGAAUACUACCAUGUCGAUGACAUGAUACUGUGCCCAGAGCACUUUGAAAUGCGCGUCGGCGGCUUCUGUGGCAAAUGCUACGGCCAACUCUCACCGGGCGAGCGCAUUGUGACGACGGGCAAAACCAAGUAUCAUGCCAACUGCUUGACAUGUGGCAUCUGCGACACAGCCUUUGCCCUACACGAACGGGUGGUGACUUACGGGAGCAAGGGGUUUGUGCACCCGAUCUGCGUGGCCUGCUCUGUGUGCGGCUCUUCCGAAGGACAAUUCUACAUAGAUAGCGAGAUUUCGCCACCGCUGAUUCGCUGUGUUCGAUGCCGCAACGAGCGAGGCCCGACAGAGGCUCAAUCUCCACACGCUCAAAAUUCGGAGGCACCAAACGGAACAGACUUGCGCGAGGAACAGGAUGUGAUGCACUCGUCCAGUCUCAACUCCAGCUCAACAUUCACGGGCGUUGGACGCAAACCCUCGGUCAUGGCCAUGGAUGAUCUCCCGAUCGCCCAGCACGAUGCGGUGCCUGCGGUUGUGUCGGCAUGCAUCGAACAGCUUUCCAAGCCAUCCAAUAUUCGCAGCGAAGGCCUGUUCCGCGUUCCAGGUCGCGCCCAGCUCAUCAACGACGUCAACGAACGAUUCAACCAAGGGCAAGACGUGAAUCUUGAAGAAUAUGGCAUGACAGCUGAGGAUGUGGCGGGUCUGUUGAAAAUGCGAAUGCGCCAGCAAAUGUUUCCAGCACCCGAGGCCAAGAUCUUCUAUGAGGCGACCUCACUGGCCAACACAUCGUUGGCACGAGCUCGUCGCCACCUGCAAGCCUCGAGCAAGUUUUUGCUUCUUCGCGCGCUGUCGGCUCUCUUUGUCAAGGUCGUGGCGGACGAGACAAACAAGAUGAAUGUCUUCAAUCUGGCCACUUCGCUUGGCAUGUCCCUCUUUCCAUCCUUGCCAGUGACCAAAACCCGUUCGGUUCUGCAAAUGGUGGUGGACCACUAUGAUGUUUUGUUUGAGCAUGACUCGGACACACAGAGCAUUGCGUCCUCCACGCUGGAAACCAGCAGCGCGCGCAUUGCCAUCUUGUAGGCAGCCAUCAGUGGCUGCGCAAAGGGACAUGUAUCUUUGGGUGUGGCUGGGCGGUGUGCACUCGCGCUGAGGUAGUAAGUCGGCUCUUGUGGACGCACAUGGGUCAGGGAUACCUCUGCCUCUAAUUCUCAUUGAGGCUUUCAGCAGUGCAUCAGUCUUAUGUCCUUUGUUGCGAGAUCAAAUUGAUCGCCGCUG